CUACAGAGCACUUAGCUAGCUGUGGAACGUGGCUUCUGCAAGAUGAGCUUCACAACCCAGGUCUUCUGCUCCACCCAGGCCCUGACUGGGGCAGUCAGCACCAUUAAGUUCUUCCUCUCCGAGGCUUUCCUGGGUCAGCACUUUGAGGCCGUGGAGUUGGAAAGCAGCGAGCCUGAGCUGGGAGACCUCUUCCUGUUCCGGCUGAUGUCCCCCACCGGACGUUGGUGCGGGGCCCACGUGGGUGUGUACUGCGGCCACGGGGAGAUCAUCCACUUCGAGGGCAGGGAUCCCCCAGGUCGUGACCCGCACAAGUUUCUGGGCUUCUGGGAAGGCGUUGUGUGCAAACAGGGUCAGCGCCAGCUGCUUCGCUCCCGCUCGCUCUGGCGGGUGUUGCGUAGACGUGGCGGCGUGGAUCGGGCAGCGCUGCAGAGACGCAUGCGUGAAGCCAUGGACUCGGAUCCGCCUCCCUAUCAUCCCACGCGCAGCAACUGUGUGCACUUCGCACUGCACCUUCUCGGCCAGGGUCCCACUCUGGACCCUCCGAAAAUAGGCGACUCGGUGUUGGUGGACGUGACUCUGGACUAGACAAAGACCUCGGAUCCUCCGGGUGGGCUGGGGGCUUCAGAGUCAUUAAACUGUUCUCCAAAGCUGG